UUGACUCAGUGCAGAAAUGUUACAUAUUUCAGCUGCAGCUUUAUUGCUCUUUGGCAUGGGUUUUCUCAAAGUUAUGGUUUCAACAGCAAAUAUACAGGCUCAGCCAGGAGAAACUGUACCUAUGUGGUGUUCACACAGUAUCCAUGUUUCUGGAGACUUAUACUGGUUCAAGCAAACAGACGGUGCUGUACCCAUUACUAUUGCUAAGAUGUUAUUCACUGAAAGUCUACAGAAAGUAAAACCAAAUUAUUUUAAUGAUUAUACAAAGGAUCGUCUGGUCAUGAAUCAAUCCAUCAAAAGCACUUUACUAACAAUUAUAAAUGUGACAACAUCUGAUUCUGGCUUCUACUUUUGUGGAUUUAUGGGAUAUCCCUUGAAAUUUGGCAAUGGAACAAGCCUUGAAGUUAAAGCACAUGCUGAAAAACACAGUUCGACUACAAUUAAAACUACCACAGCUGUUUCCAGAUCAGAGAAAAACGACAUAAGAAUCUCAAAAAAUGAUCAUGAUGAAUGCCAAGUGUCCACUGAGGAAAGUUCUAGAGACAUCUUUUUCAAGCUGACUUUUCUGUUUGGUGGCAUAAUCAUUUUCACAUGUGUUCUUCCUCUUAUUUGGGGGAUUAUGAGGGUACAAAAACAGCAGAAGCAUAAAAAAGUUACUGAAGUUCAAACACCACAGCACGAUGACAAGGAAAAUGAUUCAGUAGAAUACGCAGCUGUGCAUUUUGCAAACAAGAGACCCAAAUCUUCCAGAAGACAUGCUGAGGACUCUGUGUGCACAGUUUCUGUCUAUACUGAUGCUACUUGAAAUUUAUAAUUAAACAUAUUUUUUUUUUAGUUUAA